ACAAACAAGCUAUCGAAUGUUGUCAAAAUGUCUUAAUAUCUACGAUGUCCACAAGUUUAUCAAAUUGACUAUAUAAAUAUCGUCGCAUUACCUAUCUUACAGAUAAUAAAAAGAUAAAGGUUAAAAUGGCUACCUUAACACUGACUUUGUUGAAAUUUAUACCUGUUUUCAUUAUACUAUUCAUAAUAAAGAAACUGUUUGGAUUAUAUCAAAGAAGAAAGGCACUACAAAGAGCAUUGAAGGAUUUCCCUGGUCCGGCCCCACAUUGGUUAUGGGGCAACAUGAAGGAGCUGACCGGAGAUUACCAAGGGAUGCUUCGGACUGUAGAGUAUGCCAAGAAAUACAAUGGAGCAUUCCCUGUAUGGAUGGGACCAACAGAUGCCUUCUUGAUGACUGUCAAUCCUUCCACUGUUAAGUACGUCUUAUCAGGAACAGAUCCUAAAGAUGAAUUUUCUUAUGCACUGAUGAGGCCAUGGAUCGGUGAUGGUUUAUUACUGAGUGGUGGCAAGAAAUGGGAUAGAAAUAGACGUCUUAUGACACCAGCAUUCCAUCAAGAUAUCCUCAAGAAUUAUGUGAAGAUAUUUUAUGAUUCAUCUAAAAUAUUGAUAGAAAAAUGGAGGGAAACGACAGAACCAGUAGAAACUUUUCAUUACAUCAGUCUUCUUACCUUGGACAGUAUGAUGAAAUGUCUGUUUGGCUACAACAGUGACUGUCAAAACGAAAGUACAAGACAUCCAUAUAUACAAGGAGUGUAUGAUGUGUCAGAGCUUAUAGUAAAACGGAUAACAAAUCCAUUUCACCACAACCCAUUUAUCUACAAAUUUACAGAAAAUGGAAAGAAAUUUUACAAAGCUUGUGAAGUAAUUCAUGAACAUUCAUCGAAAAUAAUAUCUGACAGAAAAAAGCUGUUACGAACGGAGGAAAAAGGCAGUAGAAACACAGACUUCUUGGAUAUUCUUAUAAAUUCGAGGGACGAGGAUGGAAACGGAAUGUCUGAUACAGAAAUACAAGAUGAAGUCGAUACAUUUAUGUUUGAGGGUCACGACUCUACCGCUAGCACUUUGUCAUGGUGUCUCUACAACCUCGCUAAACAUCCAGAAUACCAAGAAAGAAUCAGAGAAGAAGUGAAAGAACAAUGGGGAAACAAGGAUGAAAUUACCUGGGAAGACAUCAACAAACUGGAGUAUACUUUGAUGUGUGUGAAAGAAAGUAUGAGAAUGUUUGCACCAGUACCAAAUAUAUCUCGGUGUACAGAGAAAGAUAUACUAUUACCCGAUGGUCGGCUGAUCCCAGCAGGGGUUCGGAUGGGAGUAUCUAUUUAUGCUCUUCAAAGAAACCCGGAUGUUUGGAAAGAUCCAGAGAUAUAUGACCCUUCAAGAUUCUCAUCAGAAAAUAAAGUUUCAGCUUUACAAUUCAUGGCAUUUUCAAUGGGUCCAAGAAACUGUAUUGGAAUGCAGUUUGCGUUAACCCAGAUAAAAGUAAUUAUUCCAAUGAUAGUCCGUAAUUUCCACUUGGAUUUGGAUCCUGAGCGACCAGCAGAACCUGAGAGUAUGUUGAUAUUAAGGAGCAAGAAUGGAUUGUAUCUUAAAGCGACACCAAUAUAAAUCUCGGCUCGGACAAAAGCGUCUUUGGUACUGGGUAACUGAAUGUAAACUUCAUGAUCAAGCCGAGAGAAGAAUGGUGCAGU